CUUGGGCUUAUAUACCCCGCGAGCAGGUAUAGGAGCUUCACUACUCUACCAGCCACACCAUGUCGCCAACAGUCGCAUCCGCUGGCUCGAACUUUGUGAACUCCAUCGUGGCGAUAUUCUCGUCGCUCGUGCACUCCGUGCUCGCCGUGUUUGAGGCGAUAUUCGCGUUGGGGAAGGGAAUCAUCAGCGCCGUCAUCCAGAUUGUGCAGGAGGUGGUCUCGCUCGGCGUGCAAGUAUGCGGGGGAGUUAUCCAUUUCGUAACAGCGAAUUUCUUCGUACUUCUUGUGCUCGGAGGAGGGUACUACCUGUAUACCCAGAAGCAGCAGGGGAGGCCAUUGACCGGAAAGAGGCUGCAGUAGGGAGGGGAAUUUAUUGGGGAAUAUCCGUGUCCAGCCGUGUACUAUAGCCGAACAAACAUGUGCUCACAAAUCUCCAUGAAAUUGAUGGGUCCAUAAACGUGUCUC